AUGGUAGGCACCAGGAGCUCUAAUCGUGGGCAACCGGACGCUGCAGCUCAGACUCCCAUACAGGCGCCACCGCAAUCAGCUGCUGCAACCCCAGUACGAGCGGGUGCUCGCACUCCCGCACGAGCCGGUGCCGCGACAACAGCCUCCAAGCGGAGGGGCUCUCGUUCCGCCGCUGUCUCCCGAGCAGCCACACCAGUGCCCGGGGGCAUACCCCCGACCCAUCCCCCCGCGGGGGAUGACAACCCAAAUCCCGGAGCGGACCCAAAGGACCCCCCACCGCGGGAGCAGCAGCAGCAGCAGCCCCCCGAGGAACCUCCCCGGCAGCAGCAGCAGGUGGAGGAGCAAGGAGGGAAGAACGAGGAGGGAGAUCGACCCUCCCAGCAGCAGGAACAGCAACAACAAGAACAACAACAGCAGGAGCAACAACAACAGCAACAACAACAGCAACAACAGCAGGAGCAAGAGCAGCAGCAGCAGCAGCAGCAGCCGGAUGCCCAGGGGGAGAAAACGAAGACCCGAGUGGAGAGCUCCUCCGUGUUCCUGAGGCCAUCCCGGGAGGUGGCGGCGGCGGCCAGGGAGGCGGCCAAGUUGUUGUACCAGCAGUGCUCCAGGGUUUUGCUGGAUGGCGGCGGGGCGGGCGCGGGGGCCCGGGCGGAGCGGAGGGCUCUCCGGAGCGGUUUCGGAGCGCCCCUCCCGGAGCUGCACACGGACACCUCGUUCGACCCGGAGCAAAUAUGGCUGCAGCUUGAGUUGGCGACGGAGGCGGCGGUACGGCGUGUACGGCGACUUAUUCGCGUGGCGGAGCCGCUUGGGGUUGCUGGCGGCGGCGGCGGCGGCGGUGCCGCUUCUGGCUUGCUGACGGCGGAGGCUGCGGCCGGUAUUGACCGGCUGCUUGCUGGCGGCGGCAGUAGCGGCAGCGAAGAUGGUGAUGAGGAUGGCAGCAGCGACGGGGAGGAGGAGGAGGAGGAGGGGGGGGCGGAUGCUAUGGAGGUCGACGACGACGACGACGACGAGGAUGAUGAUGAUGACGACGAUGAUGAGGAGGAUGAGGAUGAGGAGGAGGGCGCGGGCCGGGGGGGCCGGCGGCGGCGUCUUCAGGCCAAGAAGACCCGGAAAGAUGAUCAUGGCGGCGGCGGCGGUGCCAAGUCCAAGUCCAAGUCCAAGUCCGGGGGGCCGCGUUUGGAGGACCGGUUCUUCCGCCUCAGCGACUUGGAGCGAUACGUGGAGGAUGCGGAGAGGCGGGCCAUGGCAGGGGGGGAGGAGGAGGAUUUGUUUGGGGGAGGGGGUGAGGGGGAGGACGACGAGGAGGAGGAGGAGGGUGCCGGCCUGUUUGGAGCGAUGGAUGAUGACGAUGAUGAUGAUGAUGAGGCCAUGGAGGCGCUGCGAAAGAACGCGGCAGCUGCUGCGGGCAAGAAGAAGGGCAAAGUGGCCGGGAGGGGGGGAGGGGGGGCUGGUGCGGCGGCUCAGAUCAGAUACAAGGACUUCUUCGGGGGUGGAGACGGUGAUGACGAUGAUGAUGAGGAGGAGGAGGAGGAGGAGGAGGAGGAGGAGGGGGAGGAGGAGGAGGAGGAAGAGGAGGAGGAGGAGGAUGGCGGUGCAGCACGACGGCUCUCCGGCAAGAAGGCUGGUGCUCGCGGGGGUGGGGGGGGUUUCGCUGGGGAGGCAGAUGAUGACGAUGACGAUGAGGAGGAGGAGGAGGAGGGCGGCCUUUUGAAAGGCUCCAGGGAGCCCGAGUCCAAGAAGGCCACGAAGAGCUCUAAGGGCGCCAAAGACAGGCAGCAGCCGGACGUGAUGUCCGCCCAUGAACGAAGACUGGCGAGGAUGCAGGAGCGGGUCGCUGAGCUGGAGUCCGAGGCCCUGGCGGACAAGUCCUGGCACUUGGUGGGGGAGGUGGCGGGCACAUCGCGACCCCUGAACAGCGCCUUGGAGCUCGACAUGGACUUUGAAACGACGGCCAAACCCGCGCCCGUACAAACGGAUGAAAUGACCAACGAUCUGGAGGCCAUGAUCAAGAAACGCAUCGCGAAUCGCCGGUUUGACGAUGUCGUACGUGUCGUACCGCCGCCGCUGGACAUCAGGAAGAAGGAAAUUGAGCUGGACGACACAAAGGCCAAGUCAGGUUUGGGGGAGCUGUACGAGCAGGACUAUGUACGGAAGGUCACGGGCGGUACGGCAGAGGACAAGGACGAGAAGUUACGACAGGAGGCUCGGGCACUGUUCAAGAUGCUGUCUUUCAAACUCGAUGCGCUAAGUCGGUUCCAUUUCGCUCCGAAACCGGUGGUGGAGGAUAUGACCAUCCGCAGCGAGGUUCCGGCCAUCGUCAUGGAAGAUGCGGCCCCCGUGGGUGUCAGCAACGCCGACAUGCAGCUGCCCAGUGAGGUGUACAAACCCGCCACCAAGGACGGCAAACCGCUGGCGGAAGGGGAGCUGUCGCGGGAGGAGCGGAAGCAGCGGCGGGCUCGGAAGAAGCGGCAGCACAAGGCCAGGGAGAGCGUCAAGGAGGCGGAGAGGAGGGCGAGGGGGACGGCGGAGGGCGGUACGGCACAUGUUGUGGGACGCAAGUCGGCGGACACCAAGGUGACGUCGGGAAAGGGCGUCAAGGUGGUGGAGGGGGCGGGGGCGGCGCGGCAUGGUCGUACAGACCUGGGAAACUCAUCUGCCGUGUUCGCGAAGCUGGCGGCGGAGCAGGCGGCGGCGUCAGCUGGGGUGGGCGGCGGCGGCGGCGGCAAGGUGGCGCGGGAGCUCAAGCGGAAGGCGGCGGACGGCGGCGGCGGCGGCGGCGGCGGCAGUCAGAAGCGGUCCUCGGCGUUCAAGCUCUAG